UUUUCGCCGACUUUCCAUUCACGAUGCACAUUUGAAUCUCUCAGAUUUCGAGAUUUCUCUCUCCCUUCUUUUCAAAAUCUUCACCCAAUCUUUUCCAUGGCGCCGCCGUCACACAGGUCGUCUUCUCCGUCGAUGGUCGCCGGGAGAGCAAGCCCUAAUUCCAGAAAUUCCGAAAUCGUUAACCCUACCCGCCGGAGCUUCUCCAGCGAACCGAGGAGCUUGAACUUUAACACUCCGACGAACAGUCCCUCUGAUUAUCCACGAAGGAAUUCUACCAGCAGAGAAAAUUUGUUUUAUUCUCGUGACAAUGAGGAGAAAGAAAAUGGGAAAAAUCAGAGUCCAAAACCUGUUCGAAUCCGUUCGCCGGCGGCCGGAAAAUCGACGAAGCACUUUAUGUCUCCGACGAUCUCUGCCGCCUCCAAGAUUUCUGUCUCUCCGAAAAAGAAAAUUCUGGGUGAUCGGAACGAGCUAGUUCGGUCGUCUCUUUCAUUUUCCGGCUUGAAAAGCUCUUCACUCAACUCGGUGAAUCCAAAUCCGGAGGCAUCAGCGGCACUUGAAUCCGAUACGAAUCAGGAAAUUGCUCCGAUUUCAAAUCCCAAGAAAUCCACAUACCGAUACGAUACAGAAGUAGCACCAGUGGCAGUUGAAACCGAUACGAAGUCGGAAACCGCCCCGAUUUCAAAAUCCACCAUUGCAGCAGCACCUCUCAGAGCUUCCAAAACAGUGAAAUCCGGUGGUUUGGAUGUCAUUUCUGAUUCGCAUUCAAAUUCUGAGGUGGUAACAAUGGCAGUUGAAACCGACGCGAAGCUUGAAAUUACUCGGAUUUCAAAUUCUGCCAUUGCUGCAUUACCUCCCAAAGCUUCAGAGGCCGUGGAAUUUGCUGAUGUCGAGGUAAGCUCUGACCCAAACAACGACUCAGAGUCUCCGGCUAAGACUGUUGAUCUCAACUCAAGUUUUAAGGACAGUCUUGUUUCUUCUUCAAUGGAAAUAGCACCGCUCGAUGCCGAUCCAUUAAUGCCGCGUCCUUAUGAUCCCAAAACCAAUUACCUAUCCCCAAGGCCACAGUUCCUCCAUUACAAACCAAGAAGAAUCAAUCAACUCGAACUAGACGGCAAACUUGAGGAACUGUUUUCCUCUGAAUCUGAAUUCAGUGAGGGAACUGACUCGGAAGAUCCACAGAUGGAAUCUGAUGAAGCUUCUUCCAAUGAAUCGCAUAUGAAAGAAGAAGAAAGGGAAGAGGGGGAGGAGGAGGAAGAAGUGAUUGUUAACGUUUCUGAACAAAGCCCCGUUGAAGCUAAGACUUCAUCUAAGCUGCACUUUUCCAGGAUAUUCAAGAUCAGUUCUCUGCUUUUGAUUCUGUUGACUGCUUGCUUUUCGAUUUGUGUUGUUAAUGUUCAUGAUCUCGAAAGAGCGAGCUUGUGGUUACCAAUGGAGGAUUCAACAGAAGUUUUCGAGUUUGCAAAAACGAAUUUCAAUGUGCUGGUGCGGAAAUUUGAGGUUUGGCAUGCUAGUUCCAGACCUUACAUUUCUGAUAUGGUUUUCAACAUCGGAGGGCGGCGGCCAUUGAUUUAUCUUAACCAAACUGGAUUCUUACACAAAGAUGUCAAUUCGGAAGAGCAGUGCCUUGUAUUAUCUCAUCAGACCUCGUGGGAAGAAGAAAAUGAUCUGAACGUAAUGGAAGAAGCGAGGAAGGAGGGAGAAAUAGACAUUGUUGAAGAACAUAUCGUGAGAGGAGAUCAUAAUGAAGAAGAAGAAGAACUAUUAUUGGAAGAGAUUGAAGCCAUGAAGGAGAGAGAAAUUGUCAUCGAACACGUUGAAGGAGAAGUUCAGAAUGAAGAAGAAUCGUUUCAAGAGAUUGAAGCCGAUGCAAAUGAUUCAAAAGACGGUGAAGAAGAGAACGGCCAGGCUUCAGCAAAUUCAGCUUCUGAAGAACCAUUGCAAGAGACUGAAGAAGGAUCAUUGCAAGAGAUUAUUGAAGAGACCUCUACAAAAUCAGCUUCUGAUAAACUCAAUGAAGAAGACGAAAUCCAGGAGAAGCAAACUGAAGAGAAUUACGAAGAUUCCUCAUCACCAGAUUUUAUUCACGAUCAAAUUGAACAAGAAGCUGCAACAGGAGGCGAGACAAAAGAAGAACAACAAAACGAUUCAAUUCAACAAAGAAACGCAGAAAUUCAACGGCAAUCACCUCCAGUUUCUCCUCCUUCUGCACCUCAAUCUGACGCUGAAGACGAAAAUGACAGCAACAUCGAUCUCGUUGGAACUGCAACCAAUAACAGAAUCUCAAGAGAUUUCUCACAGAACACUGCAGUUAUAGCAUCUGCAAUACUGCUGGGUUUAUCUAUGAUCAUACCUGCAGGACUGAUUUAUGCGAGAAAAUCAGGCUCAAAAACAUCAUCCAUGGCGGCCAUUGCUGAAGCGCAAGAGGAACCGCCAUUGCUGAAAGAGAAGAAGACAUACCAGAGUCCGGCGGUACCAGAAGAAGAAGAAGCGAUUAAUGAUGAUGAUCGUGAGGAUAUCGCCAGAAAAGGAUUUUGCUCUUCUGAAACGAGCAGUUUCCUGCAAUACAGCAGCAUGAAAGAAGAAGAAAAAGCGAUUAAUGAUGACGAUCGCGAGGAUAUCGCCAUAAAAGGAUUUUGCUCUUCUGAAAUGAGCAGUUUCCUGCAAUACAGCAGCAUGAAAGAAGAAGACGAAACAGAAACAUCUAAGAUAUUGAUAGAAGCUCAAAACCAUAGCCAUGGGAGGAAGACGAGGAAGAAUUCAAGAACUCCAAUGGCUUCUUCUUCUUUGGAUGAAUUUUCAGUGUCCACUUCGUCGGCUUCUCCAUCGUAUGGGAGCUUCACAACUUAUGAGAAGAUCCCAAUCAAGCAUGGAAACGAAGAGGAAGAGAUUGUGACUCCAGUAAGACGUUCAAGUAGAAUUAGAAAGACCGCAGCACAUCGACAGUCGUUUGCUGAAUGAAAUGAGCUCACAUUUUAUGUGUGUGGAAUGAAAUGAGCUCCAGUAGGCUUAGAUGAACGACAUCCAAGUAGAAUUAGAAAGAUGACACAUCAAUAUCCAAUUUAUGUGUGUAUCGAAUGAAACGAGUUCCUAGUAGAAUUAGAAAAAUGACGAUCAAUAGCCAGUUUACUAGAAAAAUAGCACAUUAAUAGCGGGUUUAUGUGUACUGAACAAAAUGUGAUUCUAGUUGAUGAAGCUCACAUAGAACGUUGUGUUCGUGUUCUCUUUCU